AUGCCAGCCAGUUGUGUGGAACCUCGUUGUGUGGAGGCUGAGUUGGCUGGUUCAAAGUACCAGCUUGGGUUCCAUUCUCUGGUGGAUUGCUUUUUCUUGAACCAUAAUCGCAAUCCAAUUGUGGCUAUGUGUGGUAUCUUUGCCUACGUGAACUACUUGGUCGAGAAGGACCGUCGUUCCAUUAUCGAUGUUCUUGUGAAUGCGCUGGCGCGUCUUGAAUACCGUGGUUAUGAUAGCGCUGGCCUGACGGUGGAUGGUGAUUUGGAGAAGGAGGUGUUGCUUUUCAAACAGGUCGGGAAAGUGGCUGCUCUCCGCAAGCACAUUGCUGAGUCUUCAGUGGAUAUGGACAAGACUUUUGUGUCUCAUGCGGGCAUGGCGCACACCCGUUGGGCAACCCACGGCCCUCCCUCUCCUCUCAACUGUCACCCGCAUAAGAGCGACCCUAAGGGCGAAUUCACCCUGGUGCAUAACGGUAUUAUCACCAACUAUCGGGAACUGAAGGUUGUUCUAGAAAAGCGUGGCUACAAAUUCGAGACGGACACCGACACGGAAGUGGUGGCUGUCUUGAUCAAGUAUUUCUGGGACACAUACCCGGAGAACCGCAAGCCUGAUUUCCACACGGUGGUUCGGUGUGCGGUGAAGGAGCUUGAGGGUGCAUUCUCAUUUGUGUUCAAGUCAGUGUACUUCCCCGGCGAAGUGGUCGUUGCUCGUCGUGGCUCGCCCCUGCUCAUCGGUGUGAAGACGGAGAAGAAGCUCAAAGUCGACUCGGUCGAUGUGCAGCUCGGUGGUCAGUUGGAUGACGACAGCUACCAGAAUCAGCCGAACCUGCAAAACAUUCACAACUUUGAGAAUGCGACGGCGGCGCCCGCUGCGGGUAGUAUUGACAAGCUGAUUCGUUCGCAGUCGCGUGCGUUCCUGUCGGAGGAUGGUCUGCCGCAACCGAUUGAAUACUUUAUUGCAUCGGACGCCUCAGCGGUGGUCGAACACACGAAGCGUGUGCUGUACCUUGAGGACGAUGACAUUGCGCAUAUUGCUGAGGGUGAGUUGCACAUUCAUCGUCUUCGCCGCAACGAUGGCCUCUCGUCGACGCGCUCGAUUGAGACGCUGGAGAUGGAGCUGGCUGAGAUUAUGAAGGGCCAGUUCGACCACUUUAUGCAGAAGGAGAUUUACGAGCAGCCCGAGUCUGUCGUCAACACGAUGCGUGGCCGCGUCAACUUUGAUACACGCCAGGUGAAGCUAGGUGGUCUCAUGGCGUACCUGAAUGUGAUUCGCCGCUGCCGCCGAAUUGUUUUCAUUGCGUGUGGUACGAGCUACCACUCUUGUCUGGCCACACGUGCCAUCUUUGAGGAGCUAACAGAUAUUCCUGUCUCCAUUGAGCUUGCCUCGGACUUUUUGGACCGCAACUCGCCCAUUUUCCGCGAUGAUGUAUGCGUGUUUGUGUCUCAGUCGGGUGAGACAGCCGAUACAAUUCUUGCUUUGCGCUACUGCAUUGGUCGCGGUGCAUUGUGCGUGGGUAUUGUCAAUACGGUUGGCAGCACCAUCUCGCGUGAAACACACUGUGGUGUGCACAUCAACGCAGGCCCCGAGAUUGGUGUCGCAUCGACCAAGGCAUACACGUCCCAGUACAUUGCCUUGAUUAUGAUGGCAGUGCAGCUGUCAGAGGACCGUCUUUCGAAAAUGGCCCGUCGUCACGAGAUUAUUGACGGUCUUCAUGCCUUGCCUGACCAGAUCCGCACGGUCCUUACGCACGACAAGCAAUUCCAAGAUCUAGCGUACAAUGUCCUUGCGAGUGAGAAGUCGCUGCUAAUCAUGGGCCGUGGCUAUCAGCAUGCUACGUGUCUAGAGGGUGCCCUCAAAAUCAAGGAGGUCUGCUACAUGCACUCGGAGGGUAUUCUGGCGGGUGAAUUGAAGCAUGGCCCGCUCGCUCUAAUUGAUGAGGCCAUGGCGGUGAUUCUCGUUAUGACCAAGGACUCGCUCUACCCCAAGGUGCAAACGGCUUUGAGUCAGGUGUCGGCUCGCAAUGGCCACCCUAUCAUAAUUUGCAACGAGGAUGAUACGAAUGUUCCCGCAGAUUCGCGCGCACUGCGCGUUCCGCUGACGGUAGACUGUCUGCAAGGCCUGUUGACCAUCCUGCCUCUUCAACUUCUCUCGUACCACCUCGCCACGGCGGCCGGUGUUGACGUGGAUUUCCCUCGCAAUCUGGCCAAGAGCGUGACUGUGGAAUGA